AUGACAGCUGUUCCUGGUGGUGGUGCUCCAUCUGCUAUGACUGCUGUGGCGGCACCUCCUGGCGGAGCUUCUACAAUGACAGCUUUGAAACCUGCUUCAACAAUGACGGCGUUGGGAGCUCCAGCUGGAGCUUCAACAAUGACAGCUCUUCCUGGUGGUGGCGCUCCGUCUGCCAUGACUGCUGUAGCAGCUCCCCCUGGCGGUGGGCCGAAGCCCGACUCGACCGCAGUGCAACGAAUUUAUAGAAAAGACGAACGGUUGAAGGGACGGACCGUGACGGGAGCCACCGCCGUCUCCGUUGCUUCAACGAUGACAGCUGUACCUGGUGGUGGCGCUCCAUCUGCAAUGACUGCUGUAGCAGCACCUCCUGGCGGAGCAUCAACAAUGACAGCUGUUCCUGGUGGUGGCGCUCCAUCUGCUAUGACUGCUGUAGCAGCUCCUAAUGGCGGAGCCUCCACAAUGACAGCUAUGAAACCCGCAUCAACAAUGACUGCGCUGGGAGGAGCACCGGCCGGAGCUUCUGCUAUGACCGCUGUGGCAGCUCCCGGUGGAGCAUCCACAAUGGCAGCAGCCGGAGGCGCUCAGCCACCAGGUGCCUCCGUUUACAUGGGAGCAGCAGGUGCCCCUCCAGCAGGCGCAACAUCGGCUUACAUCAGUGCACCAGGUGGUGCUGGUGGUGGCGGUGUUAAAUCAGUGGCCAUUGGAGGUCCAGGAGGGCCAUCAAACUUACCUGCUGGACAAUCUGGAUAUUUCGCCGUUUCCAAAGUGGGAGGUGUUCAAUCAACAUACAUAAAAUAA